AUGCAUUAUCAUGCGGUAGCUCAUGCAGUUAAAGUUUCUGACUUUACAAUUGUGCCAAAAGAACUGAAAUAUGUCACCACAAUGGGUACCGAAAGAAUGGCUUUCUUGGACGCAAAAGUUAUUAACGACAUUUAUUGCCCACAUAUUUGUGCUGGACGUCAUCUAAACUGCCAAGCUGGAGGUUAUCCAGAUCCAAAUAACUGCAAUGUAUGCCGUUGUCCAGAAGGAUUAGGCGGUUAUGACUGCUCACAACUUCAGCCGUCAAUUUUUAAAGUUGUUGGUGUUGAAAUAAAUGAAAGACCUGGAGUUUUCGAAAGGACUUCCUUAUUCCAUCAUAAUAAACAUAGAUGUGGUUAG